CGUGCCAGGCUGCUGACACAAAACGUUGAAAAUUCUUUUGUUUUCAUAUCCAAAUUGUGCUCCCACUUCCCACCUUCCCCUGUCAUUUCAAUUAUACUAUUAAAAUCUCUACUACUUUUACAAAUUAUUGCUUCAAUUUCUUGUGAUUCCACCACACCCCUCAAAAAGGAGCUUCAAGCUCAAGCUCAAACUCAAACUAAAAGGGGAAGUUUCUAGAGUUUUUGAGGUUUAGUUUUGAUGGGGUGUUGUUUUAGUAUUAAGAUUAAGGCUGACGAGAGUCCUCUUCAUCAUGCUAGUAGUAGUGACAGUGACCUUGUUAAAUCUGAAAGACUGAACCUAAGAUCAGAUGGGGAGAUAUUACAAUCAUCUAAUUUGAAGAACUUUUCGUACAAUGAUCUUAGUACAGCAACUCGGAAUUUCCGGCCUGAUAGUGUCCUUGGAGAAGGUGGAUUUGGUUGUGUGUAUAAGGGGUGGAUUGAUGAACACACCUUUGCACCUGCUAAACCGCGUUCUGGAAUGGUCAUUGCCGUAAAAAGGCUUAAUCAUGAAGGAUUUCAGGGUCACAAAGAAUGGGUGACUGAAAUCAAUUACUUGGGGCAAUUACGACAUCCUAAUCUUGUAAACCUGAUUGGAUACUGCUUAGAGGAUGAACACCGCCUCUUGGUGUAUGAGUUCAUGCCGCGUGGUAGCUUGGAGAAUCAUUUGUUUAGGAGAUCAUCAUCUUAUGUUGAACCUCUAUCAUGGAAACUCCGAAUGAAGAUUGUUCUAGGCGCAGCAAAAGGGCUUGCUUUCCUCCACAGCCCGAAGAUUAAAGUCAUUUAUCGAGAUUAUAAGCCUUCCAACAUACUCCUUGAUUCAGAUUUUGAUGCAAAGCUUUCUGAUUUCGGUUUGGCUAAAGAUGGACCAUGUGAUGAUCAAGGUUAUGUAUCCACAAGAGUCAUGGGUACUCAGGGGUAUGCAGCUCCUGAAUAUGUUGCUACUGGUCACCUGACUCCAAAGAACGACAUCUACAGUUUUGGGGUCGUUCUGCUAGAAGUAUUGACAGGAAGACGAGUGUUAGAUGAGAAUGAAAGUGUCAAGGAAAGGGACUUAGUUAAAUGGGCGAUGCCUUAUCUUAGGAAAGAAAAAGUUAGCAGAAUCAUGGACACUAAAAUUCAAGGGCAGUACUCUUCAAGGUCAGCAAAGAUCAUAGGCAACCUUGUGAUCCAGUGCCUGUCAAUAGACCCAAGGUUUAGGCCGAAUAUGGAUGAGGUCGUCUCAACACUAGAGGACCUCCAAGAUUGUAAACCAACUGGUGGUGAUUUAUACCCUGUCAACCGUGAUUUAUACCCCAUCAAAGCCGAAGUGAAACAGAAUUCUAAUCGUCAAAACCAAGGACCUAAAACCCGGAGGAGAAGCACCAUUGCUAACGAAAUUUGCAAUGGUGGUAUUACUAUUUCACCUGAUACUACAUCAUCUAUUACACCUGUUUCUAGCUGACAAGAUCAUCUUUCGGUUAAAUAGUAUGAUUUCGGGGCAUCUGUUAUGUAAUGGGAGGAGAUAUAUAGGUAGGUAGGUUGUAUUAGCAUAUGGUUUAUUUGUUUCAAUGUAAAUUGAAGAAAUAAGGAAAUGGGUGUGUAAUGAAGCCCUUGCUUUGGGUGAUGAUUGUACAGUUUGUUUUUAUUGUUGUAACUAAUUACUUUCAAGUAAUUAUUUUACCUAGCUUUCGAA